AUGAGUGCUCCGCCUUCAAUUCCACCUAGACCCUCGAGGUCAACAGUCCCCUCUAUCCCACCUCGCCCGAGUUCAAAGCCACGCUCAAAAUCACCUCUUGAGCAAGAGGGACCUGCGCUGACUACUAUUCCACCCACCACUGAGCUUCACGCCCCUGUCGCAAGGCCGCCAGCACCAAAGCCAACGGAGUCCGGCUCAGGCAUAACUACGAGCAUCACUUUGAAGAACGAUUCGGGAAUCCCGCAAAUUGGAAGGAGAGUACCUAUGUAUCCCAAUGCAGGAGAUGUACAGGCUCCCAGCCCGGCCGUGACGCCAGGUGCGGGGAGGAGAAGUCAUGUUUAUAGAGAGGAGUGGGAGAUGGAUGAGGGAGCCUAUGGGCAUGGGACACCGAAGGGGAUUAAUCCGUAUACCAGGAGCUCCACCGAUCUCAACCAGUCGGUUGCGCAGAGUCCUGAUUUAGGUGAUGCCAACGAUGCAUCUACUCCAGUUCCCGACGAAGAAAUUGGCUAUCUAGCCAGCGAGCAGUAUGCUCGCGUUAUCUCGCCGCAGCUAACGGGUACCUCCGCCACUGGGCAUUCGCCCACCUUACGUCGCAGAGAUUCGGAAGAUGCCCCCGUAUCGUUGUACGGCAUUGUCACAAAUUCUUCUACCAGCAUUGAUGAAAAGGACAAGGAAAUAAGCAUUCAUUUGGACGCACUCCCGCAUCACGGCGGUGUGUAUCAUCACCACCACCAUCAUGAUUCUAGAGCCGGAACUAGACCUGGCUCUGCUUUGGGUAUGAUGGGUGAGGACGAAGAGGAGGAAGAGCGUGAACAUCCUAUCUUGGCUUCCGAUGAGGUUCAGAAGCGCGGUGGGGAGUUUAUGCUGCCGGCUAUCUCCCCUCCCCUCCCGCCUAGAAGGCCCGGCUCCAUGCCCAACACUCGGCCUCAUAGUGUGGCCCCUACGGGGCCGGGUUCGGUUGCCGAUGAGGACGAGGAUGGUGAUAUCGAGCCUGCGGAUUUACCGAGUAAUACUGGGUUCGAAUUACGGGAAUCAUUGAUCGCAUUACAACCCGGGGAGGAGACCGAACCAUUGUUCCCCGAAGAUGAAGAUGAGGAUGCGGAAGAAUGUGUCACGGGAACUGUUGAUAAAACCAAAGAAAAGUUGAAACAUCCGGAUUUGCCGCCUUCUGUGAGCUCUGGCCAUCGAUUUCCUAGUAAGGAUAUCUGGGAGGAGGCCCCGGACCACGCACAACUCCAGGCUAUCGUAUCAUCUCCGCCUAUUGCAGAUCCUGAAACACGUGACGGCCAUAGAGAGGAGGGAGAGCCCGCCGAGCGAGCUAGGGAUUACAGGCACGAAGUGCAAUCAGAAGGUCCUGAUGAGCACCUAGACAGACUUUUAAAGAGGGGCAAAAAGAGUGAAGAGUCGGUUGGUUCUGGAGAUAGAAAUGGGGUCAAACGAUUCCCAAGUAAUGAUAUCUGGGAGGACGUCCCGCCGAGUUUGCAACUCAGCGCUACUGUCACUCCAUCCAAUGAUCCCCAGGAAGAGAAUACAAAUGAGCAUGAGAGUAGAGCUACAACUACAGGAACAACUCGACUGGAAGACAAGAUCGCUUCCAUUCCGGAGGAGGAGGACAAUACAAGGCCUACAACUGGAGCACCCAUUGAAGGGCCAAGUGCACCCAAACCAGAUUUUCCAGCUAGACCUCAGGUUCCUUCCACCCCACCCGGCAACCCACCGCCAGUUAGCUCAAAGCCGAAGCCUGCUAUUCCUCCUAGGACAGGAGGGAUUGGUGGAAAAAUUGCUGCUCUGAAAGCCGGCUUCAUGAACGACCUCGAUCAACGGCUGAAGCUAGGUCCUCAAGCUCCGAAGCAGGAGGAGAAUCCUGUAGGCGAGGAAGAUAAGCCAAUGGAGGUCCUGAGUGAUGUGCGAAAGAGCAGGGCCAGAGGGCCAAGAGGAAGGAAGUUGCCAACCGCCAAGGAGGCCGAAACCAAGACUGAGACCAAGGCCGACCCCGCAGCAUUCAAGAUGGAGAUUGUUGGUGUUUGGACUGUAUGGAGUAUGAAUGAGGAAGGGGUCAACGUGGGCGAAGAGUCAACGAUUAGCUCCGCAGGCGAGUCAGAAACAGGAACCAAACCCGAACCAAUGGCCGAAGACAAGAAGGAGGAGAUGGCAACAACUCCUUCGGCAACAACUCUCCCCGGGGCCACCGGCACUGGCCGACAAACGGUCCCUGCGGUGAGUAAGGACUUUGAUACCACUGCUGCCCCCCCUAGCCCGAAAGCAGAAGAGAAGGAGGAAAAGGACACGAUCCCAACAACUAUCGCCGGCGACCAGCACCCUGAGGAUGCUAUCGGGACUGGCGAGGCCGGAGAUGAGAGAGCUGACGAAGCGAAACAAGAGGGUGUUAGAAACACAGCGGGCGAUCAGAAGGUUGAGGUUUAGCGCGUUGGCUGCAUGAGUCUUUUCCGUUGCUGGUUCUUAUUUCUUGCUUUCUUGAUUCCAUUCUGCCAAAUUUCCCUACUCUGCUCUACUCCGCUCCACACUACAGUAGAGAAACAAGUCGCAGUCGAUCAUUGCUUGUCUUAUUGCUGUUUUCUAUUCCUUUAUUCUCUCUUUUAUUUCACGCGGGAUAUCUGUGGGUGUAGAGAACACGGGGUUGGUAUACGGAAUUGUACUCUCGCUUUCUGGGGGUAGGUGG